GACACCUGAGCCUGGCAGGAUUUGUAACCGGAGAGUUUUGCGUCUUUUCCCCAACCCCAUCUUCCCUGGGGAGAUCCGAGCCCUUCUUUCCACUUGGGGAGACUGCAGGGACAUCUCAGGAUUCUGCUGCCUUGGUCUGCAACUCCCUGAGCGCUUGGGCUGCUCUGCGGCUGGCUGGCGCUGGGCGCUCUGAUCCAGCGCUCGCUUUGAAAUCUACCCCCUCCUUUUUUUUUUUUUUUUUAAACCAGGUAUGAUGAUGUCAAACGUGAUGCCGAUGCUACAGUUACAGACACGGCCCCUGCUGGCGCAGCCUCUCUGAUUCUCUCUCCCUCCGCGUCCAGCGCUGGGCUUUUUCAGACAAGUGCAUCUUCUAACCAGGUCACAUUUCAGCCACGACCCACCAUCCGUCAGUCACCAGAGUCAGACCGCAGGAGGAGGGCUGAGGAGGACGGCAGCAUUUCCUUCACCAACAGCGGGGUGGAGGGAAGGACGUUUAAAUCCUGCAAAAGUCAAGACCCCCCAGGUCCAACCCAGACCACGAUGCGCGCCCCGAGCUGCGGACGACUGGCGCUGCCACUGCUGCUCCUCGCCGCAGCCGCCCUGGCCGAAGGCGACGCCAAAGGGCUCAAGGAGGGCGAGACCCCCGGCAAUUUCAUGGAGGACGAGCAAUGGCUGUCGUCCAUCUCGCAGUACAGCGGCAAGAUCAAGCACUGGAACCGCUUCCGAGACGAGGUGGAGGAUGACUACAUCAAGAGCUGGGAGGACAAUCAGCAAGGAGAUGAAGCCCUGGACACCACCAAGGACCCCUGCCAGAAGGUAAAGUGCAGCCGCCACAAAGUGUGCAUCGCCCAGGGCUACCAGCGGGCCAUGUGCAUCAGCCGCAAGAAGCUGGAGCACAGGAUCAAGCAGCCUACCCUGAAGCUCCAUGGGAAUAAGGACUCCAUCUGCAAGCCCUGUCACAUGGCCCAGCUCGCCUCUGUCUGUGGCUCCGACGGCCACACUUACAGCUCGGUGUGUAAGCUGGAGCAGCAGGCCUGUCUGAGCAACAAGCAGCUGGCUGUGAGAUGCGAGGGCCCUUGUCCCUGCCCCACGGAGCAGGCGGCCACCUCCACCACCGACGGCAAGCCAGAGACCUGCACAGGUCAGGACCUGGCUGACCUGGGGGAUCGGCUGCGGGACUGGUUCCAGCUCCUUCAUGAGAACUCCAAGCAGAACAGCUCAGCCAGUGGAGCAGCCAGCCCGGCCGCUGGGCUGGACAAGAGCCUGGGGGCCAGCUGCAAGGACUCUAUCGGCUGGAUGUUCUCCAAGCUGGACACCAGUGCUGACCUCUUCCUGGACCAGACAGAGCUGGCUGCUAUCAACCUGGACAAGUACGAGGUCUGCAUCCGCCCCUUCUUCAAUUCCUGCGACACCUACAAGGAUGGCCAGGUGUCCACUGCCGAGUGGUGCUUCUGCUUCUGGAGGGAGAAGCCCCCCUGCCUGGCGGAACUAGAGCGCAUCCAGAUCCAGGAGGCUGCCAAGAAAAAACCAGGCAUCUUCAUCCCAAGCUGUGACGAGGACGGCUAUUACCGAAAGAUGCAGUGUGACCAGCACAGUGGCGACUGCUGGUGUGUGGACCAGCUGGGGUUGGAGCUGACCGGCACCCGCACGCACGGCAGCCCCGACUGUGACGACAUCGUGGGAUUCUCAGGGGACUUUGGGAGCGGUGUCGGCUGGGAGGACGAGGAGGAGAAGGAGACAGAAGAAGCAGGCGAGGAGGCCGAGGAGGAGGAGGGCGAGGCAGGCGAGGCGGACGAUGGAGGCUAUAUCUGGUAGAUGGCCCUUGGGAGCCGUGGCAGGCCAGGGUGCCGACGGCCAGGGAGACGGGCCAGCAGGGACCUGGACAGCAGCAGGCAGCUUAGCAAGUGGAUCCGGAAAUCAGUCAGAAGGACCCUGGCUCGGUGGGGAGGCCUCGAGGUGUGAGUGCAUGAUACGCGUGAGGCAUGUGUGGCUGGGACGGGCGAAUGCGUGUGUGCGUGUGGCAUGCGCUGACCAACGUGUCCUUGACCCCUCACGCUCCUGGCAGCGUGAGUCACCCAAAGGCCCUUCAGCCUCCCUGUAGUUUUCUUUCCAUCUGUUGUUGGUUUUAGAAUACACACACCACACACACACACAACCACACAGGCAAAAUCAAUGAACUGGAAUGCCCGGUCCCUGUCCCCACCCCAACACUCUGGGGUUCCCACCCUGGCUCAGCCAUCCCUGCCGACCCUUCUCCCUCCCUCUGCUGGGGUCAAAGGUGGGGAGGGCAGGCUGCUUCCUAGGAGCUGGAGGUCUUCCCAAAGUUGGGUGGAGUUGGUGUGAGACCAGCCUCAGAUGAUGGGCCAGGACACUGGCCACAGCAAGACCUGUCCCUCUGCUGAAUUCCCAAGCACUGGAGAGACUCUCCUAACCCAAGCCAGAGUGACCAAAGGGGGCGGAGAAGGAGCUGGGGGCACAGGGCGCGGGCACAGGGGAGAGGAGCCCUUCCCACAGGAGGGGUGGAGCAGCGCAAGGAGCAGGGCCUGCUCAGCAGAGGGAGGCUGCAGGCACAGAUCCGGGCAGGCUGGCUGCCGGGCCCCAGAGCAGCCCCACUGCUCAGACCCUGGCCAUGGGCUGGGCUGCUUGCUGUCUUGGAGGCUGUGGGCUGUGGCUACGCAGGCCAGCCCUGCCUGGCUCCCCUUUGGCACAGUCUGAUGGGGUGCUGCUUUUGCCUCUGUCCCUCAUGCCAGGGUCUCCCUUGUCCACUCCAGGGAGCCUGAAAACCAGGAGUAGCAGAUGUGUGCCCACCUUCCUGACCCCCUAACUCAAUGCUCCCCUCCCACCCAGACCAAUAGACAGACAUGUCCCUGGGACCCUGUGAAGAAGAAGCAGUUGGAAGUUGCCGCCUGCUGAGGUCAUGAUCCUUCCUCGCCUCUCCUCCUUGAGGAGAGGUACCCCUGGGCCAUCCCCAGCCCUGUUCCUCUCAGCCCCUGGGGCUCCCUCUGCCCCCUGAGCUGCCUUAGUGAAGGGGCUCCUCCACGUUCUAUUUUGAAGCCCUGUAGUGUGAAAGAGUAGUGGAAAGUCUGUCCGCGGGGACAAGGUGGGGGCAGCUAGGCCCCAGGCCACCCCUCAUUGUUCCCCAGAUCUCCUGACCAGGUCGGAGGCCAUCUUACCCAGAGAAGACGCCCUGUGGUUUCUUGUUUGUGCGUUUAUCGUUGUAUCUCCUAAGCAGUCCAGUUCUCCCUAGGGAAGCAAAUUCCUUAAUGCCUUUGGUGAAGAAUCUCUUACCCAGGCUCGGGCCUCUGGCACCCCUGGGUGCAUGUAGAGUGCAGCGUGUGUGUGUGUAUGUGUGUGUGUGUGUGUGUGUGUGUGUGUGUGUGUGAGUGCGUGCGCACAUGUGUGUGAAUCUGGGGGCCAUCCUGGUGGCCUGGGAGUGUGGGGAGGGCUCCCUGCUCUCGCCAGCGUCUCCCUGCAUCUGCUGAGGGUCAGUGGGAUUUUUGGAAGAACCUUGCCCUGUCCACCCCUUUACUCCACCCGGGAACCAACAUCUUCUCUUGGGGGAAAUAACAAAACUCCACUUAGCCCCAUAAAGCGCUUCUCAUCCUGCAGCACAGUUCUGAUCUUUGAGGUGUCGCGCUGUUCCGGACCCCCCAAGUCCCUUGCCCCUGCCUACCCCGCCCUGUGCUCCCACCUCCUUCCUCUGGUCCCCUGCUCAGUCACAUCAGCCCUCUGCUAACCAGUGGUGGCCACUCCUCUGACUCGGAGCUACUUGAAACUUCCUGCUCUUGCUAGGAUCUGAGUCUGUCUCUUCCUCAGCCCCAGCUGGACUUCCAGAACUGUCUGGGGUGGCUGUGGAGAAUGCCCGGCUCUCUGGGGUGGGGAGGGGAUGCAGAGGAAGGGGCCUCACUCCUCCUCUUACUGCUGCCCUCCCCUGCGGGGGGCCUGCUCUCUGUGUCUCUGGGUCUUCCGAUUGUGCACGUUUUUCUGACCUUGUAAAUAUGUUUUAGAAAGAAAGUGAAAGGCAUUGAACUAGCCCCUGACAGGCCUGCAGGGGUCCAGGCUUGCCCUGCCCUGAAGCUUCUCACCCCUCAAAAGCAGACAAAAGCAGCUGCUCCUCAUGGGGUGAAGGCCUCCAAGUGAUUUCUUGUUACACAAGCUUAAGGAUUCCUGGUGAGCAAGGUUGCAGGUUAUCCCUCCCUUAGCCAGUGGAUUCACGCCCUUGACCAAGCUGCCUGCCCCAGCCCCUCCCAGCCCCUGUACACAUGUCCUCACCCCUUCGACCUCACUCCCCUGGAGUAGGCAGGCGGGGCAACGAGGGCUGCAUGGACAAGAGCUCAGCCUAAUUGCAGCAGAACCAAGUCUUGCCUGGCCCCAGAGCUGCCGUUGGCCAUCCCGGGCCACCUGGGCCCAAGGAUGGUGGAAGAGAUGGAUGUGUAAGAUGGGUAGGUUGUGGUUGGAGAAAAUAAAUGUGCCUUGAGAGACCACUCACAGGUCUGAGGGUGAUGGAGGAGGGGGUGGCCUGGGAAGCUCAGGAAGGAGGCACAGCUGGAGAGAGGGAGAGACAGCUUGGCUGCCACCUAGUGUCCUGCUGGGACAGUGACCACACGAUGGUCACUGACCUUUCCUGACCUUUCCUUUCCGGAGCUCCUUCUGCUUCCAGCUUCACCCCUGGGGGUGGGGGUCCAUUGGUAUUGAUAUGGGAACCCUUCAUUUCACCAAAGCCUGAGCCCACAGCCCUUGGGGAGAACAACUGGCAGAUUUCUGACAUCCGCAUCCGGGGUCAUCAUGGGGCUGCGGGCUGGUGGGGGUGGGGGGGUCCCAGGGAAGAGAUGGUGGGGGAGGAAAAGGAGACCAGAGACAUCCCAAGGAAGUCCCCAGCAGAGCAAACUGCUUCAUAGCCUGCAGCCUAGUUAAACUGUGUGAUGUGCAAUAACUGAGCUUAGAGUUAAGAAUUGUGUUCAAGUGCUUGGAUUUCCGUCCGUAGAUUUAAGUGCUGAAAUCGUAUCUCUCAGUAAUUUUAGAUUGUCUUUUUUAAAAAAAUCGAGAAACAAUGUGUUAGAUCUGUGUGUGCGUUGAUGGGCACUCAAGCGUCCCUUGGAUCACUCCACCCUCUCCCUCUCCCCUGCACCCCCCACCCCUCACCUGCCACCUCCCACAUGACAGCCCCCACCCGCCUCCACUUGGGGACCCCGCGCCUCGUGUUGUCUUUAUCUGCCUAUUACUCAGCCUAAGGAAACAAGUACACUCCACACAUGCAUAAAGGACAUCAAAUGUUAUUUUUAAGAAAAUGGAAAAUAAAAACUUUAUAAACACCA